AUGAAAUACGAAACAGAAGGGACAGGGAUAAAAAUGGAGGGGGACUUAUUGAAUACGUCAAAAAGGGCUGAUUUUGUAUAUAGACCACCAGAAUCUUCUAACUUAAGUAACUUUUUCAUUGAGAUAGAACGCUCGCUUGAUUUGGCUUUCAAAACUUAUGAUAAUGUUGUAGUCAUGGGCGAUAUAAAUAUUGAUUGUGAUGACUCAAUUUCGACAGGCUUUGACAGUUUUACAACUUUUUGCGAAACCUACAAUUUAAAAAAUUUAAUAAAACAAAAAAUAUGUUUCACAAAUACUCGUGCAUCACGAAUAGAUGUGUUUUUAACAAAUAAACAUGCAUGUUUCCAUAAUUCUAAAUCUUUUGAAACUGGACUUAGUGACCACCACCAUAUGAUUUCUACUUUUAUGAAGACUUUUUUAAUCCAAAUGAAAGUUAUGAGAACUGAAAUUGUACUGAAAUUUCGAAAUAUAAUUGAUAAACAUGCACCUAUAAAAAUUAAAUUAGUUCGGGGUAACGAAGCCCCGUUUAUGAAAAAAAAUUACGAAAACCAAUUUACACAAGAUCUCGUCUUAAAAACAAUUUUAACAAAAAUCGAACUGAUAAAAAUAGGGCAAAAUAUAAAAAACAAAGAAAUAAGUAAGAGCUCUAAUGAAAUUAUGAUUAUUCACGAUGAUAUUAUAGUAACAAAUGAAAAUGAAUUAGCGGAAAUUUUCAAUGAAGAGUACAUACAUAUAGUUGAAAAUACAGUGGAGUUAAACCAGUGUCGCUACGAAAUUAUCAAUCUGAAAAUAGAAAUGAAGUUAUCUCAAAGAUUCUGGAAACAUAUAAAAAUCACCCUAGAAGUCUCGGAAAAUGAAGUCUCUAAACUUUUCGGGGAUCUAAAAGUAGGUGUGGCAUCUGGAGAGGACAAGAUUACGGCUAAAAUGGUGAAGUUAGCAAAACCUUAUUUGAUAAAACCCUUAACAAAUGCCAUUAACAACAGUAUUUGUCUUUCUGUUUUUUCGAGGAGAGCCAAACGCGCUACUGUAUCCCCUAUUGAUAAAGGUGGGAAAGAUAAAUUAUGUGUAAACAACUAUAGACCAGUCAGCAUUUUAAAUAUAUUUUCAAAAUUUUAUGAGAGAAUAAUUAAAUCUCAAAUUGUUGAUUAUAUUGAUAAAAAACUUUCAGAAUUUUUAUCAGCCUAUAGGGAAUCAUAUGGCACACAACAUGUACUUAUAAGAUUAUUGGAAGAAUGGAAACAAAAAUUAGAUAAACAUUACGUAGUUGGUGCAGUUUUAAUGGAUCUAUCUAAAGUUUUUGAUUGCGUGCCUCAUGAUUUACUUAUUGCUAAAUUAAAUGCCUAUGGUUUUAGCCAGGAUGCCCUACUUCUAAUUUUAUCAGAUAAAUGUAACAAUUGUGAUUUAGUGGUAAAAAUUGGUGACAAGUUAAUUAAAACAGAAAGUGAAGUUAAAUUACUAGGAGUGACCAUUGAUAAUGGCUUGAAUUUCGACUCUCACAUUUCUAAACUUAUCAAAAAAUCAUCAGCACAAUUGAAUGCACUGUUUAGACUUAGCACGUUUUUAUCUCACAAAGCCAAAUUAGCGCUGGUACAAAGUUUUAUAUACUCUAACUUUAAUUAUUGCCCUUUAGUAUGGAAUUUCUCUUCAUAUAAAUCUUUGUUGAGAAUUGAACAAAUUCAGAAGAGAGCUUUCCGUUUCUUAUUAAAUGAUAAUGAUAGUACUUACGACGAACUCCUUUUGAAAGCAGGAAAAUACCAAAUGAGCGUCUAUGGACUUAAAACAUUAUGUACAGAAAUAUAUAAGACUCUGCACGAACUCAAUCCCACAUACAUUAAAGAUAUCUUUAAAUUUCAUGGGAGUGAUAGACCAGUGACAAAAUGUUAA